AUGUCGUUGGAAGAGGUGGUAGGUCUUCCUGGUGAUCCAAUCGCCCGUCGUCCCCCUUUAGGAUGGACGUGCAUAGGAUCCAUUGGUCAACACUCAACAUGCCAGCAUUGUGCGUCUAACUUAGCUCAUCUGUACCAUGUUAACAGCUCUCCUGAUAUAGGCCAGUUGGAGGAAGACAUGCGACGAUUGUGGAAUCUGGAUGUUAAUACCCCAGUACCGUCCCAGUGCUUCAGCCCCGAGGAAAAGAUAGCCAUGGAGAAAGCUCGGAGUACCAGGCGUUAUGUAGGAAACCGGUAUGAGAUUGGCAUCCCAUGGAGAGAAGACGCACCGCAGUUACCUAACAACCGUUCCAUGGCUGAAAGACGAUUCUUCUCGCUUGAAAGAACCUUGGUGAAGAAGCCAGAACUGAUGACCCGCUACAAUGAGAUAAUGGAGCAGAAUCGCAAGAAGGGUUACAUCGAGACGUGUCCAGAAACCAACCCAGAAGCACCAUGCUGGUAUCUGCCCCACUUCCCCGUCAUACGAGAAGACAGAAGCACCAAUAAGGUUAGAAUUGUCCUAGAUUCAGCUGCCAAAUACCAGAACUUGUCCCUGAACGACACCAUGUUAGCGGGCCCUAAACUCCAGCACGACAUCAUAGACAUUUUGGUUGGUUUCCGGAAAGGUGCAGUAGCUUUGGUCGGAGAUGUGCGUGAAAUGUUUCCCCAGGUAGUUUUACGCGAAGAGGACCGGAUGCUGCACAGGAUUUUAUUUAGGGAAUUAGGCAGUCAGAAGCCGUUACAAGAGUUAAGAGCUGCCCGUUUGACAUUCGGAGAUAGAGCUUCCCCCUUUUUGGCCCAGUUUAUUGUGCAUGCACAUGCUCAGGAGAACAAGGAGAAAUUUCCCCUCGCAGCAGCUUCAUGUGAAUCCUCCCUAUACAUGGACGAUGAUAUUGACUCGACUGGAAGUGUAUCCAGUGGGAUUGCCCUGAGAAUUGAGUUAACCCAGAUGUUCCAUGAAGCGGGGUUUGAGAUCAGGAAGUGGUGUAGUAACUACCUAGAUGUGUUAGAUGGUGUAGCAGAGGAGGACCGUGUAGCAGGUGUGAACUUUGAGACUGAAGAGCUGCCCUGUAUGAAGACAUUGGGAGUAAAGUGGGAUGCUGGUUCUGAUACCCUUGGGUUUGAGUACACUCCAGUGGAAGCUACAGUUGUCACCAAGCGCACUCUCCUUGGAAAGAUUGCCAGGCUUUUCGACCCACUCCAACUUCUUGCCCCGUUUGUAAUCAGAGCCAAGAUACUGCAGCAGGAGGCUUGGAUCCUAGGCUUAGGAUGGGAUGAGCGAUUCCCAAAGGCAUUGGAAGAGCAAGUGGAUCAGUGGAUCUCAGAGUUACCUCAAGUAUCAAGAUUUAGCGUCCCCCGUUGGUGUUUUGAACCAGGUUGCAGAGAUGUUCAACUUCAUGUCUUCGUCGAUGCUUCAACUAGAGCGUAUGCAGCAGCCGUAUACUUGAGGAGUGAGUAUGAUGACAGUCAAGUUUGUAUCCGCUUAGUAUUAGCCAAAGCCAGGGUAGCUCCUUUGAAGGUUAUCAGCAUUCCCAGAUUGGAGUUAAUGGCAGCAAUGUUAGGAUUACGAUUGGCACUAAGAGUAGUUGAGACAUUAAAGAUGGCCGUGAAGGAUGUAAAAUUUUGGUCUGACAGCCUCGAUGUAAUCCACUGGAUCCAUGGUCAAACCCGACAGUACAAGCCAUUCAUCGCCCACCGAGUCUCAGAGAUACAACAGAAAACGCUCCCGUCUCAAUGGCAUCAUGUCCCUGGAGAACAGAAUCCUGCCGAUUUAGCCACCCAAGGAAGCAGUAUGACCAGCAUGUCAGAUAAGAGUGUAUGGACAGAAGGCCCUCAGUUUCUGUAUGGGGGGAGAGACAGCUGGCCAUCGCUAGGACCCCAGGCAACAUUUGAUCGUCAGUUGACAGCCAAAGCCCAAGAAGAGGUCAAGAAAACAGAUAUUGCCUGUGCUCAUGUCACUGGAAGUACAGACCCGGUCAACAACACCAUCUUUGAGUCUACUCGUUUUUCUACCUGGUCGAAGACGGUGAGAGUAACAGCGUGGGUGUUACGUUGGCGACGUCUGGUGACAGGCAGAAAACCUGCGGCACCCAGUUUAGAAGCUGAUGAAGUUCGAGCUGCUGAGAUGUAUUGGGUACGACACCUUCAGAGUAUGUUAGAAACUACAGUAUCCUCUUUGAAAGCAGGAAAAACAGUGCCAAGUAUGAGGUCGUUGUCCCCUUUUUUAGAUGCUGAUGGUCUGUUGAGAGUUGGCGGUAGACUGAAUAGUUCAAAUUUGCCAUAUGACGCUAAACAUCCUCUUAUCAUUCCAGGAAAGAACCAUCUCUGUACCCUGCUGAUACGACACUUCCACAAUCAACACCGCCACUCGAAAGGGGUUAAUGCACUGUUAGCAGAGACACGUCAACGUUUUUGGAUCCUAAGAGGCCGAGAGGAGAUCAAGCGUUUCAAGAGGUCCUGCAUCAUAUGCAAAAUCAGGAAGAAGAGGGUAGGUGAACAGAUGAUGGCAGCACUGCCCGAUUACCGAGUUACAAUUCCAUUAAGAGCCUUUGCAAGGUGUGGGAUCGAUUACGCCGGCCCAUUUGGAGUGAAGCUGACCCGCAACACCCGUGGAAAGAGGUACAUUUGCUUAUUUACAUGUUUGUGUUCACGUGCUGUACACCUAGAAGUUGCAUAUGGCUUGGAUACCCAGAGUUUUCUGAAUGCUUUCUCCAGAAUGACAGCUCGGCGUGGUGUCCCUCAAGAGGUAGUAUCCGAUAAUGGCAGUAAUUUUGUGGGAGCUGAGCGGUACCUGGGAGAACUGAUUUCCGAGAUGAGUGAGGUGAAGAUUUUGGAGAAGGCCUCCAGCCUUGGCAUUAAGUGGCGUUUUAACCCCCCGUUAGGCUCACACCAUGGAGGAGUGUUUGAGGCAAUGGUGAAGUGUGCUAAGCAGUCGUUGAAGGCAAUCUUGGGAGAGGCUCAGGUAACUGACGAGGAACUGUUAACUGCUGUGAUUGAGGUUGAAGGUCUGCUGAACUCCCGUCCUAUUGUGUAUUGCGAAAACGACCCAGAGGAUGAAGUCUUGACACCUAAUCAUUUCUUACAUGGCCAAACUGGUGGUCAGUUGUCCCCUGAGAUUCCCGCUGAGAUCGCCUUCAACCCGCGUCUUCGAUGGCGCUUUGUCCAGGAUUUAGUCCAGAAAGUGUGGCGGCGUUGGAUGAAGGAAUAUGUGACACUCUUACAGCAACGUCCAAAAUGGCUGACUCCACAACGUAGCUUAGAGAUAGAUGACAUCGUUCUAGUGGUAGAUCAGACAAACCCAAAAGGUCGUUGGCCUCUUGGCCGUGUGAUGCAAGUUUACCCAGGCAGUGAUGGUCGGACCAGAGUCGUCGACGUGGAAACCGGUGGAAAGAUUCUGAAACGCCCCAUUACGAGAUUGUGUCCCCUAGCUAUGGACCAGAUAAGGGUCUAG